CGUUCAGCCAAAGUUGCUGCCGCGUAACGUCGAAAUGGAGAGAAGACGAAGAGCGUAUAAGAAUUUAAAAAUAGAAGAUGCUUUAGAAGCGAAAGGUAUCAAACCGUCCGACAUGUUACCACCCGAAAAAAGUCAGUCCUUGCUCUCUUACCAGGAAAAAUACGACUUAUACUCCAAAGCGAGUUAUUUGCCAUUGGAAGUGUUUGACGACGAAGAAUACGAUUGUAGAACAGUGGAAGAGUGGAUAAAUCUCGGUAUCGUUGACGGUGUUCGUUAUCCAUUACCGGCCACGAUAUUUGUUGAAAAAGCCAUACAAAAGAACAGAAUGUUUGAUCGAAAUGAUAAAACGCUGAAUGAUCUGUUUGGCUGGACUCAGGCUGCCGUGAUGGACUACAACAGCGAGGAGAAAGUCUGGACUGUUCUCACGUUGGACGGUCUCAAGCGAAAAUUCCUCCUACCCAGGAUAUACAUUAGAUUCCACGGAGAAGAUCCCAGAAAAUUCGUCCAGAGAGUAGCAAAUGCCGUUAAACGAAGGCAGAUAGCCGAAGCUGCAAUUAGAUAUCAUUUUUACUUGGACUGCAUGCGGAUAGACUGCAUGCCGGCGUUCGACGAAGAGCGACAGAAAGGUCGAAUAAUCCUCUUGGUUUCUCAACAAGUUUCCAUUGAACGUGUGCCCGACCAUCUCUCAAGCCUGAUGGAAGAAAUCACGUUGGAGUACCGUCGAGUUAUGUGCAAUCUGAUGUGGCGGUCACUUGUAGAAAAACAACCCGACACGUUUAAUUUCAUCGCAUGGGAGAAAAUUAAUGACGUCCACGAUGUUAUCGUACCUGAAGUGGGCAAAGUUCACACCGGCAUGGAGGAUUUUGCGAAGACCAAGAAUUACUUCCACCACACGAUUCUGUAUGUUUUGCCGGAAGUGCACGAGGCCAUGCAGUGCGUGGUCGUCGAGUGCAUACACGUAUCAGAUAUGAAGCUGUUCGUCUCGAAUUACGGGAAAUCGAUGUCUUUGUUGGAGUUUGAGUCGCAACAGAAUCUGGAAACCGGCAUGGUGAUGAAGUAUCUGAAGGAAUCGUGGUUGGAGCGGAUCGCGCAAUCGGUUCGAAUGUGCCUGCGAGAUCUCGAGAACGGAUGGCUCGAUCCCGAGCUAAAGAAUCACGAGAUUUACGAUGUGAUGAAAUUAAAAAGGUUCAUGGAUGUCGCUGUGCUUCGAAUGCAGACGGCGUUGCGAAAUCUUGUAUACAAGUCAAUAGCCUUGUACGUAGAGAUGUUGAUAGCUCCGGCGAAAUGUGCUUUAAAUGUAAAUGAGGAUUUUGUGUGGGGUACCGACCUCAUAAAUACACAAUUCAAGUCUUCAGCACAUCCUGUUUUUAACAUCGAUAUUCUGAUGAAUGAUGAGACUGUUUAUUACUCAAGCGAUCUGCAGUCGUUUGAAGAAGUUAUCAUAAACCUGUUGGACGAUUCCUUGAGUCAGUGUCAUCAAGUUAAACAGCUUCACUCUUUCCUGUUGCCAUCCCUGGAGUUCCUCCAAGAUUUAUUUCUUAGCUCGGUCGGCUUAAUGGAGAAGCAAGUUUGCGAGGCGCGAGAUCGCUUGAGAGUCGCUUACGGAAAGUCUAUAAUACCACUGAAAGCGUACGCGAACGAGUAUCGUCAAUAUUUGGACUUUUUCACAUUGAACGUCGACAAGUACAUGAAGGAUUUUAAGGAUGCAGAUCACACCACCGUGGAAGUCAAAGACGAGAUAUCCUUUCACCUGAAGAUGAAAUCGGCCCUCGAGAACGCACUGCCGAAUGAGAUCAUUAUAGGGCCUUUCCGUGUAAAUGUUCAAUUACUGAAGAAUCUGCUCGUGCAAAAACGACAGUAUUGCAGCACACAAUUGCUGACCAUGUUCACCGAGAGCUUGAGUGCGCGAAUUGACACCGUCCUGACUGAUUAUUCGCAAAUUAUUGCGAGAUUAAGAUCACCGUCUCGCGAUAUCGAGCAUUUAUUCGAGGAACAAGAUUGGGUGUUAACAAUACCUCUGAUGAUAAAACCGCUGGACGAGACUGUGCUGAAACUGACACGCGAAUUCGACGUUCUCGACUACUUUUGGAGGAAUCUGUCCGACCAGGAUUUCGAAGCUAAGUGGCAAGCCAUUGGUUCCUCUCGCCAAGUGCGAUUACUCAUGGAAGACGCUACGAAACGUUUCGCCGGAGAAUACGAGAAAUUCUACAAGCUGCAAGUGCAGGACGAAAUUAUCCUGUCGGAAAAGAUCAAUAUUCUCAUAGAAAACGUCGCGACCAUGACACUGCAAGCGGACAUCAACAGGAUAGAUGAAACGGCGAUCGAGAUGAAAAGAAUCGAGCAGACGAUAAAGGAAUACCGGAAUUCGGGUUUACUGCUAAACAAACGACAAGAAUUAUUUCGCAUAAAAGUGGUGGUGUACCAUCAAUUGGACGAGUUGAUAGAGAAGUUCGAGCCAUAUCUAAUGUUAUGGGUCACUGCAUCCGAUUGGUUAAAAUGGCAAGAAAUGUGGAUGGGAAAUCCUCUAGUAAACAUCGACGCGCAUAAGAUCGAAGGUAUAGUUGCUGAUUUGCAUAAAACCAUAUCGCGUUGCGCGGAAAUACUUCAAGACAAUCCAAAUGUAGUUACUGUUGCACUUACUAUGAAAAAUCAGAUUGAAGCGUUCAAGCUUUAUAUUGGUGUGAUACAAGCUCUGCGAGAACCUAAAAUGAAGGCCCAUCAUUUCGAAGAACUUUUAAAAAAAACCGGCGUACAAAUGACACUCACUCCGACGUUAACUCUUAAACAUUUACUCAUUCUUGGCGUAAUGGAAUUUGAAGAUAUCGUAAUGGCCGUCGCGAAUGCUGCGCGAACAGAUACCGUAUAGGAGGCAAAUUUACUGCGAGACAACUGCGGAAGGCCACGCCGUACAUCGCGUACAAGAGGAAGUUGAUGCUGAAGUUGGUGUAAUAAGGCAGCAUGAAUAAUUGCUGCAAACACCAUAGCAAGGCCGGCGUC